ACCAUUCCGCAGCACGUAAAGCCAGAGAUAUCCGGUCCCAUUUCCGUUCAGUUCCGCCGCCGCCGCCGCCGCCGUUCGGCCCCGUUGAGCACGACCCCGACCCCGAGACCCGUGGCCGUCCGGCUCCUCUGCAUCCCACUCCUCCCCGAGCUCCGCCGCCGCCGUCCCGCAUUGCAGCCUCCUCCUCCUCCUCCUCGACACCACUUGCCCGCUGCUAUGGACCCGGCGCUCCUCGCCGGCGCUGGUGGCGGGGACGACGCCGGCGCCGCUGUCAUGGGCGUCUUCAAGUACAACUUCGCGGCGCAGUUCCUGUCCAGGGUUAUCCCUUUCCUGUACAACGGCUGGUUCGUGCGCCAGCUCAGCGCCGACGACUGCGCGGCAUACGCAUUACAGCUUCCUCUCUUCAUCAACUGUGUCCUAUUUUUAAGCCGGGAGGGGUUUCGGCGUGCAUGUUUGCGUAAUGAUUCUGACAGUGGCGAUGCGAUAAGUGAUGAAGAGAUACUAAAGGUAGCUUGGAUGGUUGUUCCAUUUGGCAUCUUAGUUUCUUCUAUCAGCAGUCUAUUUGUGCUGAGGGUAAAGAAACUGCGGUUAUCUGACACCUAUGCAAAAGCUACAUUAAUUAUUGCAUUUGCUUGUGUACUGGAGCUACUCGCUGAACCUCUGUAUAUUCUCUCCCAGAGGAAGAAAUACUAUCAAAUAAGAGUAUAUACUGAACCAGUAGCUACUCUGCUACGUUGUUUGACAACUUUUAUCUUCAUAACAAAAGGGCAUACUAAAAUGGAAAAGCUGGUUGUAUUUGCUUUUUCUCAGGUUGUCUAUGCAGCUUGCAUUUUCUUCGGAUAUUGGGCACAUUUCCUCAUAUUUACUAAUACCAAAAUUUCUGAUCUCCUUCCAUCGAGGUUGUCAGCCAUGAUGGACUACGAUAAACAGUUGUUGCACAUGUGCAUGUUGUUUACAGGCCAGACUUUCAGGAAACUGGUGCUUCAAGAAGGGGAAAAAUUUGUUCUUGUUUGGUUUGAUACUCCAUAUAACCAGGCAGCAUAUGGUCUUGUGGAUAAAUUAGGGAGUCUGGUUGUUAGAAUAGUUUUCCUGCCAUUUGAGGAGAGUUCUUAUGCUACAUUUGCUCAGUUGGCAUCAGGACAAAAUCCCCAGAAUAUAUCCAAUUUGGAAGGUUCUUUGCUCGGAGCUCUUAAGCUUAUUAUGCUGAUAGGUCUAGUGGUCAUCUCAUUUGGACCAAGUUAUUCAUAUACCCUUCUUAACCUACUAUAUGGGAGAAGAUACAGUGAUGGAGAUGCUACGGUUAUUCUUCGUUACUAUUGUUUUUACGUCAUCUGCUUAGCAAUGAAUGGCACAUCUGAAGCUUUCCUUCAUGCUGUUGCAAAUGAAGACAAGCUUAAACAGUCAAAUGAUAUGUUACUCCUCUUCUCUGGAAUUUACAUUGUUCUAAAUGUUGUCCUGAUUAAAUCUGCUGGUGCGGUUGGGUUGAUUGCUGCAAAUUCCAUUAAUAUGCUACUGCGAAUCACAUAUUCAGCAGCAUUCAUUAAAGGCUAUUUCAAGGGCUCAUUCUCUUUCCGGCACUGCUUGCCAGCAGGCUGGGGUGUGUUGCUCAUUUCUGGCCUGACUACAACUUUCUCCGAAAGAAUGUUUCUGAAUAGAAACAGGUUCAAGCAGACCCUUCCCAUUCACAUGGCGAUAGGCAUAAUGUGCCUGGGCUUCUCAUCACUUGAGAUAUACCGUGGCGAGAAACAGUUCUUGGCGAGGAUCAUCAAUUCGCUGAAGAGCCACGACAAACUUGCAUAAAUUUUCCAGCGUUCAGGAUUUACCCUACACGAGUGUUUUCUGCAUUCACCUGAUAACUGCGUCGUCAGAAAACAUACGAAGCUGUACAUAGAAGUGUACAUUGUUUGGGCAGUUGGCAGAAGAGACUUUUGCCAAGCGGCUGGAGGAGGUCUUCCCUGAACAUGUAUCAAACUGAUCGUGUUCUCCAUUGGAGUGGGUUAAACUCAAAGGUGUGUGUGUGUGAGCUUCCUAUAUAGAUGACAGAGGUUUGAAGGCUUAAACAAACGGCAACAGAAAGCAUAUAGGUGAACAGUUGCAUGGAUAGCUAACCCAUUGUCUUAUUCUGUAACUGCUGACUGCUGCUAUCUGUGAGCUUCUUAUUCUGUAACCUAUUGUCUAUCCAAGUUUAAUCUACUGUGGCGUCAGAUGAUUAAAGACUCCAA